AUGGUUCGAACUUUUAUGAUCACCCUCUUCCUUUUGGCUACGCAGUUUCAUUGGUCAUUCACUCAUGGUUCUGGUGACACAUUUAGAAAGGCUUACAUUGUGUAUAUGGGAGAGACACCGCGGUCAAGAACCAGCGCUACUGCUACUGGAGAGGGAGAGGGAGAGGGACUGCGGUCAAAAACCAGUGCUGCUGAUCUUCAACACAACGUCCUUUCUUCAGUAAUUCAAGAUGCUAGUACUGCCCAACAGUCCAAAAUACAUAGCUACACGAAGAGUUUUAAUGCAUUUGCAGCAAAGCUAUUGCCAGAUGAAGUUCAAAAACUACGAGAGAACGAAAAUGUGGUGUCAGUAUUUCCUAGUAGAAUACGGAAACUUCAUACAACAAGAUCAUGGGAUAUCUUAAGAAUGCCUCAAACAUUGAAGAGAAAUCAUCAAAUUGAAAGUAAUAUUAUUGUUGGUGUAUUAGACUCAGGAAUUUAUAUGGAUGCUCCAAGUUUUAACGACAAUGGACUAGGACCUCCUCCAUCAAAAUGGAAGGGUAGAUGCCAAGUAGCAGGCAACUUCACUGGUUGCAACAACAAGGUAAUAGGUGCAGUGUUCUACAACAACGACCCCGCCACACGCCAUCCAAAUCCAUCCCCACAAGAUGAAGAAGGCCACGGCUCUCACACUUCAUCCACCAUAGCAGGUGCCUCAAUAGCAGGCGCAAGCUUAUAUGGUUUAGCCCAAGGCACAGCUCGAGGUGGGGUUCCAUCAGCACGCAUUGCAAUGUACAAGGUGUGUUGGCCCAAAGGUUGCAGUGAUAUAGACCUUUUGGCUGCAAUGGAUGAUGCCAUUGAUGAUGGAGUUGACGUGCUAUCAAUAUCUAUCAGUGGGGAAUCAAAUAGCUUCUUUGACAAUUCCUUUGCAAUUGGUUCCUUUCAUGCAAUGAAGAAGGGAAUUUUCACAGCAUGUUCAGCGGGGAAUAGCGGCCCAGAUUUGUAUACAGUGCAAAACACAGCUCCUUGGAUAAUGACUGUUGGUGCUUCUGGCUUAGAUAGGCAGUUUUUGACUCCAGUUAAAGUUGGAAAUGGAAUAGAAACUACUGGACUUUCCAUCAACACAUUUUCACCAAACAAGAAGAUGUACCCUCUAACCACCGCGGCAAUAGCAGCCAAUAAAUUGGGCAGGUUUUGUGAUGAAGGGAGUCUUGAUCGGGAAAAGGUCAAUGGGAAGAUUGUGCUAUGCCAAGGAGGAGCAAGACUUAGUUACAUUAAGAGUUUGGGUGGGAUCGGGGCGAUUGUAUCUCUCCAAAAGAAGAGAGAUACGAGCUUUAUAUCUGCUAUCCCUGCUACCUAUGUUGAUUCUAUUUUUGGUCACAAAAUUCUUGCAUAUGUCAACUCAACCAAAUUCCCUCAGGCUGUCAUAUACAAGUCCAAAACAGCACCCAAUGCUGCGGCACCCUUUCUGGCUUCCUUUUCAUCUCGAGGUCCGGCCAUGCUCUCUCGCACAUUACUUAAGCCGGAUGUUGUGGCACCUGGGGUAAAUAUACUAGCUGCUUACACUAAACUUUCAUCAAUGACUGGAACUCUUGGCGACGAUCGGUUUGAUGUGUAUACUUUAAUGUCUGGAACUUCAAUGUCUUGCCCUCAUGUGGCUGGAGCCGCUGCCUACAUCAAAACAUUCCACCCCAACUGGUCUCCUUCUGCAAUCAAAUCGGCCCUAAUGACAACUGCAUCUGAAUUGAGAAUCAAGGCUGCUGUUGCUGAGUUAGGCUAUGGUGCUGGCCAGAUUGACCCUGUUAGCGCACUGCACCCCGGUUUGAUCUAUGACCUGUCAAAGCUUGACUACAUCCGCUUCCUAUGCGAAGAGGGCUACAGUGGGACAACUCUACGCUUGUUCACUGAAGAUAACACCGAUUGUGCAAGUGUCCCUAACAUUGGAGGACAUGAUUCCCUAAAUUACCCAUCCAUGUAUUAUCAAUUUCAAAACCCUAACACUAGUAUAAACAUCGUCUUUCAUAGGACAGUUACAAAUGUGGGCCUUAAAAAUUCCAUAUACAAGGCAACUGUCAAGGCGCCGAGGAAUCUCAAGGUCUCUGUUAUUCCGAACGUACUAGCUUUUAGUCAACUUAAUGAGAAAAAAUCUUUCAACGUUACGAUACAGGGGCCACCAUUGUUGCUCCAAACUAACCAAAUUACCCAUUUAUCAGCAUCAUUGGAAUGGAGUGACACUAAACAUAGAGUCAGGAGUCCCAUAUUCGUUACUCUGGCACAACAGAUGUAG